AUGGCCAAAGGAGAGUGCAAGGGCGAUCAGGCAGGCGACGAAAGCAAGAUGGCCGAAGACAAGGCAGUAGCAGGGGUACAAGCCAAGGGCCAAGAUGGCGAGAGAGAAACGGUGGUGCCGGCGCCGCUCCACUCGCUCGAGCUGAUCAGCGUGGAGUGUGGGCCGAGCGAUUGCCCCGUGGAUGACAGAUUGGAGCUGUCGAUGGAUUUUGCGCUGGACCGACCUCUGGCGGGUGCCUGGUGGGACGUGAAGUUUUUGGUGGAUUCUGUCAACGAGCGACAUCUCGUACGACUUGGAGCCACGAGCGAGAGGGACUACCCACGAGGCAGCUGUUCGAUGCACUUCGAGGUCCCAAGGGUGUCAGUGGAAGGUAUCAAGCCCUGCACCCUAGCCAACACCGGUCUGCUCGUCGCCUCCCUCAUGAGGAGAGGAGGAGAAAACGGUGAACCCCCUGCCUCCGCAGAAGAGAAGAAAAGCGGGAGAGAGCCGGGGGCGGACGCGGUGGUUGCACAGGUUAACCUGGUGGUUCAGGUGGCCGACGUGGGGCAGGGGAGACUGAUGCGUGUGAUCUACAGCCCGCUGGAGUAGUAGCGGCCCUAAGACGUUGCGGGUGGUUUGCAGCACCUGCCGCUGAGAAAGGAGAAGGAUGCAUCCGCGUGGUGUAGAAAGGGCUGGGGGGGGCGACGCCGCGUCAUCUCUGAUGUUAGCAGCGUGAGAUGCCGCGAUUCCUUGGGUGUCUUUCCCGGGUUUUUUUUCGUUUUUGCAUGUGAAGUGCGUUGCCGUACGGGUGGUGCGGCGGAAUAUUUUUGUUCUUGUUUUUCCGUUCGUUCUUGGUGUCAGAGAGUACCGUCGGUUGGCGUAUGCCAUAUUGCUCUCUGCGUUCGUUUGGCCUCGUGUUGCUGGGCACGAUGCACGUGAGCCACAAACUUCAAGACACUGUCAAACUCUGUGGCGUGUGUUGGCGUGGUGAUGGUUUGUCCUGGUUUGAUUUUCUUUUUUUCGUUGUUUGAACAAGAGUUGUCGUUCUGCAUAAAUGCUUAACCGCCGACGUGGCACUACGCCCAUCUCAAAUGGGUCAAGUGGCCUAUGGGAA